GUGGUCCAAACCCCAAACCUGGCCAGAGUCCGUUCAAAGUCUGGCCAUUUGUUGCCUUGAUGCUCGCAGGAUCUGGGACUUAUGCAUUAAUGGUCAAGAGUCGAGCAGGUACGUGUCAACAGCCCACGCUUCAAGAUUUUGCGGCCCCUUUUCCAAAAUCUCAUGAAGCUCAAUUCGAGAGCCGCUUUAACAGCCAAGAUCAAGUACCGUUGAUCCAACAUCGACGCCCUUAUUCAACACUUGUAACCUUG